CAAGGAAAUUAUCUAUUGUGUUCCUUUCAUAUUUUUCCAAUACACAUUACAUUUUGUUGCGUCAAUCGUAGAACUCUGCAGAAAAAGAAUGAAGACUUUAGACUCUCAUUUAUCUUCUUGGUUUUCUCGAAUCGGCAAAUUUGUCGGUGAAUAUCCUCAACAUUGCAUCGCUGCCACCUUGUUGGUUACAGUGAUUUUAGGAUCCGGACUUCUCAAAAUUUCCAUGAUACAGGAUUUCGAAUAUCUGUACAGUCCGAGAAACGCGAGAGUUUCGGAAGAUAGAAAAUCCAUCGAGAAUCUGUUUUCUAACGGCGACAGAGCCGAAGAUAGAGUAAUUAGAAGUUCCACAUUCGAAAAUUUAAUUGCGGUCAUUGCCUCGGCGAAGAACAACGAUUCUAUUAUGGACACCUCUUCGAUAGAAGAUUUAAUCCAGAUGGAUGUUAUCAUUCGCAACAUCAGCAUCUUUUGGAAUAAAAAAUUCUACAGUUACCGAGAUAUUUGUAUGAAGAAUGAUCGUAACGAAUGCUCGGAGAAUUUUGUUUCUUCUUUGAAAUACAUGAUAAAACAUCCUGGAAAGGUUUCCAUGAGAUAUCCAGUAGAACGAACAGGUUUUGAUGUAAAAAUAAACGCUAUGAACGUAGGUGGAGUAUCAACUAAUGACACUGGAUACAUCACGGACUUCAAGGCCGUUCGUCUCUUCUAUUUUAUGGAUUUCGGAACAGAAGAGAAGAAACGAGUAGCUUUAAAGUGGGAAGAGGAAUUUUUGAAUAUAGUGACUCGAGUGGAAUUUCGACACAUCGACGUUUCCUUCUUUACUCUUCGCAGUGUCAAUGCCGAAGCUAACAGAAACACAAAACUGAGCAUUCCGCUCACAUUUAUAAUCGGUCCUGUAGUAAUUUUGUUUUCUGUGGCAAGUUGUAUGACGUUCGACAACGUCAGAAGUAAACCAUGGAUUGGAUUUGCAGCAUGCUGUAGUCCCUUCUUAGCACUUAUAGCAGCAUUCGGUUUGCUACUACAUUGCGGAAUGGAAUAUUCUGACGUCAAUAUAAUAAUGCUAUUUCUUUUGACAGGUAUUGGCCUAGACGAUUCUUUUGUUUUGUUGUCUGCUUGGAGGCGAACGAACGCAAAAGACAGCGUGAUGCAGAGGAUGAGCCAUACUUUUUCCGAAGCGGGAGUGUCCAUCACCAUCACUUCCUUGACUAAUGUUGCUUCGUUUUGUGUUGGAAUUUCUUCGCCUUAUACAGUCGUUCGUAUUUUUUGCUGCUACAGCGCUCUGUCCGUAUUUUUCGAUCUCAUCUAUCAGAUCUUCUUCUUUGGAAGUCUCAUGACGCUCGAUGGCUACAGAGAAGAACGUCAUCUUAAUUCCAUUCUUUGUUACACAGUAAAAGAAAAGCAUUUCGAAAACGAAACAUCCGAAGUCAGAAAAGACGAGACAGACAGGAAGAAGUCUAAAGCUAUGAAGUUCGUUUCUAAACAUUUCGAAACCUUCUUCGGGAGAAAAUCAGUAAAAAUGCUAAUCGUAUUCAUGUUCGUAUGCAAUAUUGCAGGAAGCAUUUACAGCAUCAAAGAUAUGAAACAAGGACUGGACUUAAAAGAAAUCUUUCCAUAUUCUUCUCCAAUCACAAAAUGCAUAAAUAAUUACUAUUUAUAUUUUACAGAUUAUCCACACGUAAUACAGAUCGUUUUUAACCAGACAUUAGAUUAUUCAAAUCCCAGUGUACAAGAAGAAGUAGAGAACAUCUUAACAACGGUCCAAAACGCUCCUUAUAUCAGUGGACGCGAACACUCCUUAUGUUGGAUACGAGAAUAUCUUUCUUUCAUUCACAAUAACGACUUUAAUUAUCUGAUGAAUGAUUUUAACACGAGCGAUCCACGAGGUUUCGUACAAGGAUUGAAACAAGUAUUUCUCCGACUUAAGCCAGCCAUUCAAUUCCGGAAAGAUCUAUCUUGGGAUAGAGAGAGAAACCAAAUUGUAGCUUCAAGAUGUUUUGUUUCGUCCAAAGGCGUCAGAACCGGAACUGAUGAGAAAUUAUUAUUAGAAGGUUUACGCCAGAUUGCGGAUCGUAGUAAAUAUCGCGUUAUCAUAUACAACCGUUUUUUUGUUCUCUACGAGCAAUUAUUGAACAUUCCCGCUAUGUGUUUGCAAAACGUAGGUGUCGCCGUUUUUAUAGUAAGCCUGAUAUUCCUCUUGAUGAUACAAGAUAUUUCUUGCACCGUUUGCGUGUCAUUAAACGUCGUCUGCAUUCUAGUAGAGACAAUGGGUUACAUGAAUUGGUGGAAUGUCAAAUUAGAUAUGAUGUCGGUCCUGAUUUUAAUGAUGAGUGCGGGAUUAUGCAUCGAUUUUUCGGCUCACGUGGCGUACGCGUAUAAGUGUUGCCAGAAGGAAUCAUCCGAAGAAAAAAUUAAAUAUACUUUGUACUCCACGGGAUAUCCUGUAAUUCAAGGUUGCUUGUCUACAGUCUUGGGUGUCGUUGUUUUGGCAUUUGGACCUUCCUAUACUUUUGUGAUAUUUUUCAAAAUAAUUUUGUUGAUUAUGGUUUUCGCUGCUCUUAACGGACUGCUUCUAUUGCCAGUGUUGCUGAGUAUUGGAGAAACCAUUGUUAUUCCCUGGAAAAAGUAGUUAGUUAUCGAUUGUAUAUUUUAACCCAAUUUCCAUGCAUGAAUUUGAGAUGUUUUUGAUUUUUGUUUUUAUUUUUGUCUACUUUGUACUUUGUUUAUUAAUUAAUAGAAUUUAUGGAAUAAAUGUAGUUUCUGUCUAUCAAAUAGAGAACUUAGUCAAAAUAAUCAAAACAAAAUCUCUUUGUUUUCUCCUGACAAAGUAGAGAAAGAUAUAAACAGAAAUCAAUAAAAGUAAGGACAUAGAGGCAAAAAAAUCGAAAUGUCUUUAUUGUUACAAUUAUUGCAGAAAGUCGUUUGUUUCCGAGUUAAUAUGCGCUCCUACAAGAGGCCUAUUGGAUAAAACCACUAAACACUGGUGGAGGGUUCACGCCUGACCAACGGGCUGCCUACGUCGUGAUUUCCGGGUUUUCUUCACGUUUCUAACAUAUAAAUAGGAUCCAGUUUUACAUUGAAAUCCUUUUGGGAGGCUUCUCCCUAGGCAGAUCGCCCACGUGCCCAUAACCAAAUAAACCACAACCACAAACCUAAUAUAUGGUGCAAUUUAAAAUAUCAUUGCGUAUGUUAUUCGUUUAUUCGAUUACUUUAAUUAAGAAAUAAUUAAAUAUAAUUAAUCAUUCGCAACAAAUUAUGACUUAAUAAAUUAUGCGCGAAAUAAUGAUAUUUCUAAGUUGCACUAACAUUAACAUUAACAAGCACUAACAUUACAAAUAUAUCAUUUUAAAAAUUAAUUUUAAGAGAUGUUUUUGUUUACGAAGAAAUAAAGUUUACUGAGUAAAUGUUAUUCUCAAAAAUAUAAAAAUAUAUUUGUUUUUGAGAAACAAAGAACUUAAAUUGAAAGCAAAAUUGUCAUGUGUUCUGUUUCAUUACCAUUUAUUUGUGAAAUAAGAAAUACGACAGAAUAUACGUUUCUGUACUUUUUCUCACAAUGCAGAACUAAAAUUGUUCGUUAAACGAAUGUGUGUUUUUAUGUAAUUUUCUUCAUAGAAAGUUACUCAGAAGCACUGAAUACGCCAUUUGUUUGUCAAUUUUUUUCAAACAUUUUCUUUUCGUAUGAAUUUAUCUGAAUAAUGUAAAUUGUUUACAAAACAACUCUAAUAGUGGCAAUGCAAACUUGGAUUUGAACUUAUUAACUUACCUCUGUCAUUGUUUCUCCAUCUAAGUGAAAAAGUAUUAUUUAGUACAUUCAGUACAUAGAAUACGUAAAUUUAGUAGGAAAUAUUUUAAAAUAUUACAAAAUUUAAAGUGUAAUCGACAUAAAAAGGAAGAUUUUUCAACGUAAAUUUUUUUAUUCCUCCAUUCACAACUCUCGGAAUU